AUGCGGCAAAGCGUUCAGCCAGUCUUCGAACCUGAUCACGCACUCUCGCAAACACACCGGCUUCAAACCUUUCGCCUGCGAUCUCUGCGGUCGCGCCUUCCAGCGCAAGGUCGACCUCCGGAGGCACAAGGAAACGCAACACACCGAACUCAGACCUAUCGUCACCUAGUGCCAAACGGCCGGAAGCGGCCAGUCGCUGCAACGCAAGUGUUCAACGGUAUGUGUUGGACCAGGAAUUAA